CUCAUUCUCUCCCACCCCACAAACCCUCCAUAAACCCCAAUAAUGUCAUCGUCUUUGAGAAUCAUACUCUUCGGCAACACUCUUAUCCGCACCCACAAACACUUCCUUCCUCCUCCACUUCUCCCCCUCAAAUCCUUCCCUUUUCCACCCCUCUCCCUCCGCUUCCACCAGUACAGUUCCUCCUCCGCCGCUGCCGAUACAGUCAAUGCAGACAGCGCAAUUUCUCCCCACCCCUGGCCCGAGUGGGUCACUUUCGUCGACAAAUUGAAGUCCAGGGGUUACUUAACUGAAGCUGAUGUUAAAAACGAGGGCGAGAAUGUUGCCAGUGGAGCCACUGCUGAAGAUGAGAGGAUUUAUAAGGAGAUGGAUUUGCUGAAAGAUGCUUGCCUUAGAUUUGCACGUGACCGUUAUGAUCUUCUCAAAUUGUUAUCUUUGAAAGAUGUUGAAACCGUUGUGGGGAAUGGAUGUCCUAAUCUCCUGCGCAAAGCUGUAAAUUCAGCAAAAAGGUUGAGAGCCUAUGCACGACUGGAUGAAGGGGAUAUUUGUGGUAUUUGCAAUUUGCGCGGUUCCUGUGAUAGGGCUUAUGUGAUACUAAAAGAACCUGAAGCGAAUGCUCGGACUGUGGAUGUAAUGCGAAUACUGUUGUUCUAUGCCCUUGAUCCGCUUGUUUUGUCAGGAGAAAAAUAUCCUGGUAGAGAGCUCAUCUAUGAAUCUGCAAGGAGACUGCUUUCUGAGUUGAUGGAUUUGAGUGAGACAUCUCCUUCACCAGAGCUUCCAAGUCCUGCUGCAAAAGCAUCUCCGCAAAAGAAAAAUGCUGUUAAGUUGAAUUUCUUUGAUGAGGGCCCAUCUGAAAAUGUUGAGAUGAAGAGAGGAGACUGGAUCUGUCCCAAAUGCAAUUUUAUGAACUUCUCUAAAAAUCUACAUUGCCUAAAAUGUAAGGAAGGUGGCCCAAAAAGUAUUGGUGGUGAUGAAACGGAAAUUAAGAAAGGGGAUUGGAUCUGCUCCAGAUGCAAAUUUGUGAACUUCUCUAGAAACAUAAGAUGCCUAAAGUGCAAAGCAGAUGGCCCAAAGAGGGUCAAUGUGGAUGAUUCUCAAAUGAAAAAGGGAGAUUGGAUUUGCCCAGAAUGUGCGUUCAUGAAUUUCUCUAACAAUAGGAAGUGUUUGCGUUGCCCAACACCUCGACCCAAAAGACAAUUAAAUCCUGGAGAAUGGGAAUGCCCUUUGUGUGAUUUCGUAAAUUUCAGAAGGAACACAGUGUGCCUGAAGUGUAAUAAUGAACGCUCCAGAGGAAAGGCCACAAAUGAGGAUGAUGACCAUAUAUGGAGGAGAACUGUUAUAUAAUCAGAAAGAAAGAAUGGCAGGUAUUGGGAAGAACUUGGAGAAAAUCUGAGAAGACCUAGGGAGAAAGAGAAGAAAUGAGGGAGAUUUUGAGGAAGAAAAGAGCAAACAAGGCUACUUAUUUUACUACCUAACCAACGAACAUUACAAUGUGGAGUUGUAGAAUGUCAUGUUGUCUGAUGUGCUUACUACCUAUGGAAGAGUCUGUUAAGUGGAUGAACUGCAACUGCCUGAAGUGUAAAGAUCCAAGAGCCCAUUAAAAUAAGCUGAACAACAAAAGUCCAUCAAAAUCAAACCAUUAAAACCCA